GAGGAUGUCUUGUUUAGGUAUUACCCGAGAUAAAAUCCAGCAGUGGUUCCGGCGUCUGACGACAUACUUCCAGACUGACCACGUGCAGGUAGAAAUCGUGAGACAGAUCCUGAAGCAGGUUCUAGUCUCUGUAGACCAGGUGUAUGGCGCCGAACCCGUGCCCAUGGAGAAAAUCAAAGAGCAGCUCGAUAAGUACAUAGACCGGAAAGUCGACGAGAAGAUUACGGAAUUACUCGAGUUUUGCCGACUGGCUGCUGAAGCCGAACAAGAAACCCCCUCUGAGGACUGCGCUGGUUCAUCCGUGAGUGUCCACUCCACAGAGGGGCCAGUCGGUGUCCAGUCCACAGACGAGUCAGCCAGUGUCCAGUCCACAGAAGCGUCGGUCAGUUUCCAGGACUGUUACAGCGAUAUGGAGGAAAUUCCCCUUGAUGACGUUAGCGUGAGGUUCCCGGAUGAUGACAACAACAAAGAGGCUGAAGCUCCAAAGGCCAAAAAGAAAUCACUUGUGAAGAGAAUUUUCAAGAAGCGCUCCAGACGCCCGGAUGGUGAGGACGUCAGGACUGAGAAGAAGAAACCUUUGCUGUUUAGGAAACUCUUUAAGCGACUGCCAAUUGUGUAAAUACGGGACAGAAAUGUAAAUAAAUUGAACACUUGAUUUGAAAAUGUAUAUUUAAAUGUAUUAAUUGGUAAAUAAUAUUUUUAAUCAAUGUUUGUAACAAAAAUGUUUAGCAGCACCUAAAAGACAUCUUUUCUGUAUAUAAUUCUUAUACGUCUGAUAAUUAUAACUCUUAUUCUGGCCAGGGCACAGUUUGAAAGCCCUAUACCUUACGAAAUUCCUAGUCAUACUUACUUGUAUCUUUGGUAUCCACUGCUUAGACCGGUCUGUGAACUACAGAUCAAGACAACUUGCCAACUAAAUAUGUCAAUCACUUAAAUUAAUUUAAUUCCUCUGUCAUUGUCCCUGCCAAAACAAUCCGUCAGCCUUAUGUAAGCCCAUAUUGUGAAUCAAUUCAAUCCCAGUCAUUAUCCCUGUUCAAAGAAUCCAACAAUAAUAUAUCUGCCAGUUUAGUCAAUCAAGUCCGUCUGCAUGUUCAUCAGUCAACACUUCAUUUCAUGUCGACCUGCAUGAAUCUCUGUCAGUGUUUUCGCCGUACGAGAUUGUGAGCAAUGUAGAUCUCUCAGUCGUUAACUGAACUGGAAAACAGGUGUAGUUGGGCGUGCAAACAUACAUGGAGUUGUCAUCUACAAGACUGUACUGGGAUUAUUCACAGUGUAGAUUAGACCUAUAUACGGGUAACGUAUUGGAUGAAGAGAGUGGCUUUAAAAAGUAUCAUCAAAAUGUUACCAGACUAUAAAUUUAGUAAAACUUAAGACUGGUCAUCAAUGAUGUAUUUAUUCUCAACGUGGUUUAUAUGCGAGGCUAUUUACUGGGCCUAAAAGCUGUUUUAACAUGCUUCAGAUUUUCUUCCCAUGUCAACAAGGUAUAUUUGUGCUUUCAUAACUUACUCUGUAUGUUUGAAGCCAAUUUUAACAUGUUUAACAAAUAC